CAUCCACAUUGCAUGUAUUUCAAUGCAGACACGAAUAGUGCCGCUAUCGAGAAGGACAAAUGCGGGUCUGCCUUGAGAAACAUUAUUUAAAACUCAGUAAAGCUGGCUAAACGCACAUAUAUCGAUACACAAACCAUCAAGUAAUGCGCACCACUACUAGUCACUAAGGGGAAACAGAGACACUGAACUUUAGUUCCUCUUGUAUAGUUCCUACCACCCAUGACGUGCGUGAAAAUAUGAGUAUUUAAAGAUUUAUUAUCUUUUACUGCUUUACUGUACAAAUAACAUUUACAGGACACAUUAUAUUUGUUUACUCAGGGGCUGUGGGCUAUGUUGGGAAUAAAUUAGCCUCGAUUUUCACUCUCUCAUCAUGUCUGACGGAAACGACUGAUUUCUCAAAACGUAGUCAUAUGAUCCACACCAUGUGAGCUGGGUCUUCCGAAAGGAAAGUGUGUUGCCUGAACAUGCCAGGGGUUUCCAGCACUGGAGUGGGAUUUUCAACUGCCACCGGCCCCGGUAUUGCAGAGCAAAGAUGCGCCCAGCUCGUCCCCGAUCUAAACAGUUGGAUCUUGGAGUACGUUUGUGCUCACAAGCUACUAGAUGUCGUUAAAGUUCUGCCAGGCUGCUCCGGGGUGAAUGUCGAAGAGCUUUCAAUGGACAGCACUCUCUCUGUCCGUGUUACUGCAGCAGCCUUGUGGUCUGUGAUGAAGAACAGAGACACUCUACAUUAUGACAGGAUAAUAGGCUUCCUGGAUUUGAUCUACCAGCAAAUUCCACACCUGGUUCACUUCAGGCAUUACAUCAAAAUUUCCAUCGGACUGAAAGCCAAGAUUGUGCUGCAUAUGUUUGAGAGCAAUCAGCCUCUCCUGAAGAUCUUGAAAAAACUGAACGAGUAUUUCCCUGUCAAUGGAGCUCAGCAGUAUAAAUCUGUGAGUAUGUUCACCGCAGCCCUCUGUCCCCACCAGGACUUUCCACCCAUUGGCAGUGGUUAGAUUGGUUUUAGAUGUUUGAACAAGAAGAGUUUGACAAGGACAUUUGAGAGCAGCGGUGAUUACCUUUGGGAUAUCUCAGUGCAAACUCUGAUCUAGAAAGGUUUUUUGUUUCAGUGAGCCUCAGGUUAGGGACAGCUUUCCCAUUAAAUUAGAAAUCCAGAAACAUCAAUGUCACACGAUUUCCAUAGCUUUAAUUAGGCUCUUAACAAUGCCUUAUUCAUGUCUUCACUUUUUUUGUAGAUCAAUAUUGCAGUUGCAGAUAGUAUUGUGUUCAUCCAUUUCUCCACAUAACAUUUAAAAUACAUAGUUUAGCUGAAUCCCAAACUAUAUUCAAAACUCAGUAGUUCUCUUUAUAUCACAAC